GAAAAAUUUCAAAUCCCAAUAAUCAGCUUCUCUAUGUAUAUGUCUGUCUGUCAGACAGAAUUUAACCUGUUCUCCACCUCUUUCCACGCUACCAUAUCUUGUUCAAGAUCUCAAACUUUACCUUCUUCACUGCCCACCCACCCAGAGGACUGAAAAAUUUUCCACACGGAUUUGAUUUUUACAGACUCAUUAUUGUCAUAACCUUUCUCUACUAUUCACCAAAAACAAAAAUAAAGACGAAAAAACAAAAAAGAAACAGCAAAUUAAACUGGUGUGGGAUAUAUGGAGUUUGAUGGACUAAUGGGGUUUGCUGUGUUAAAAGUCUGAACUACCAUUCUCUCUGCUCGUCUACUGUUUGCCCCUCUCUCUCUCUCUCUCUCUCUCUCACUGUCCUUCUCUCCCACCCACCACCGCCAUGUAGAGAGAUUGCAGACCCUAUUCUCUCUCUGUAUCUCUCUCAAUUACAAGUUUACAACGAGAAGCUUGAGCUUUAAGUUCAAGCUGCUUCUGUGUUGGAGAGAUUACAUUAACCAAUAACAGAGCACCUUCUCGACUUUUUUCCUUCCAUAUCCAAAGGAAUUAGUUCUCUGAUCCCGGAAAGGGAGAGAGAGUGAAAACCAGAAAAAAAGGUUCCUUUCUUUUUUUGCAACUUAGAAAAAGAAAUGAAAAUGCUAAUCACUUUCUGCUUCUUGUUCUUCUUCAUCAAUCUCUGCAUCUCCACCGCUACAAGCACAGUGAUUUUACCCGUCGAAAAUCACCGUCGCCAUCUCCUCCACCAACCUUUCUUUCCCGUAGACUCCCACCCUCCAACCCAACCUCCAAUAUCGUCUCCACAGUCCCAGCCUGAACCCGCCCAGCAACCAAAGCUCCCAUUCUCUUCGUCUUCCUCCACACCACCACCUCAAAAACCGUUCUUUCCCUCCUUCCACUCCCCACCUCCGCCUCCGUCUCCAACAGCUCUCACUUCCUUCCCGGCCAACAUCUCCUCUCUUCUCUUCCCUCAACCCUCCUCCACUUCUCACCGGCAUGUCCUUGCCAUUGCCGUCUCUGUGUCCCUUCUUUCCGCCGGCCUCAUUGUGGCCUUUGCAGCGGCCUUGUUCUACUACCUCAGACACAGAAAGCUCCAUAACAACUCCACCAACGACGACAAGGAAUCGAGAUCAGAUAGCCUACGAUUAUAUCCAGCGAACACCGCCACCUCCGAUGGCGAUGGAGGUCACAACAAGUCACGUGCAACACCCAAUAGGAGCUCCGAGUUUCUCUACCUGGGGACCCUUGUGAGUUCCCGAGGAGGUGUCGACCAAGAAACCGCAUCGAAAGCGAAUUCGAGUAAUGCGGGUCCGACACUCGGGGUGUCGGCCUCUCCGUACCAGAAGCUGGGCUCGCCGGAGCUGAAGCCGCUUCCGCCUCUUCCCAAACACAACUGUAACUUGAAGCAGAGUUUUAGGUCGUCUUCUUUAAAUGAUGAUGAUGAUAAUGAUAAUGAUGGUGGUGAUGGUGAAGAGGAAUUCUUCUCGCCCAGAGGCUCUACCGAGAGUCCGAGCCGUAAUGGAUCGAGCUCUCGGAGAGUGUUACAGAGCUUCGAAGUCGAUAACUUGGUUAGCAGAAGCAGAAGCAGGAGCUUCAAUUCGAGAACACCUUCCUAUCCGUGUUCCAAAUCUGCUUCCCCUGCCACUUCUAUCUCCAACACUCUCUCUCCGUCCAAGUCUCCUGACUUGCUCCUCAAUUUCCCACCUCCCUCUCGCCCGCCUCCGCUACCAUUGUGUUCCUCUCCCACGCUCUCUUCGUCUUCUUCGGCUAAUUCCCGCUACUCAAAAAAUUCAAGAAAUUCGGACGCUUUUGGACCGGAAAAGCAUUCUCCAGCAGCAACCACCGCGACUGAGAGUGUUCCAAAGCUAUUUCUUCCCAUCAAACUACCACCGCCUCCUCCGCCGCUUCCACCGCCGAGGUUCUGGGAAAUUCCGGCCACGACGAGGUCAGCUUCGGGGCCGCCAGUUCUUGUAACGCCGUCAGGACCGGUGGCUUUUGAAUCAGCUUCUCUACCUGCUCAAGAUUCUCAAAACAGUGGUGUUGAAACUGGGGAAAUUAAGAACGACCAAACUCCAAAGCCAAAGCUGAAACCUUUACAUUGGGAUAAAGUUAGGGCCAGCUCGGACCGCGCUAUGGUGUGGGAUCAGCUAAAAUCAAGCUCUUUCCAAUUAAAUGAGGAAAUGAUAGAGACACUUUUUAUGGUAAAUAAUUCAAACUUGACGCCCAAAGAUAAUGCUCGCAAGCAGGUUCUGCCUUCCCUGAACCUGGAGAAUCGCGUGCUAGAUCCUAAGAAGUCUCAGAACAUUGCAAUUUUGUUAAGAGCUCUUAAUGUCACUUUUGAUGAAGUUUGUGAAUCCCUAAUGGAAGGUAAUUCAGAUACCUUGGGAACAGAACUUCUUGAGAGUUUACUAAAGAUGGCUCCAACCAAAGAAGAAGAACGGAAGCUAAAAGACUUCAAGGAUGAAUCACCAUCUAAGCUAGGUCCAGCUGAGAAAUUUCUCAAGUCAGUGCUCGAUAUACCUUUUGCAUUUAAGAGAAUCGAAGCAUUGCUGUACAUUGCCAAUUUUGAUUCAGAAGUUGAGUACCUUAAGAGGUCUUUUGAGACUCUGGAGGUUGCUUGUGAAGAAUUGAGGAAUAGUAGAAUGUUCCUGAAGCUUCUUGAGGCAGUGCUUAAAACUGGGAACCGCAUGAAUGUUGGCACUAACCGUGGAGAUGCGCAUGCCUUCAAGCUUGACACACUUCUGAAGCUUGUUGAUGUCAAGGGCACUGACGGGAAAACCACUCUCUUGCAUUUUGUUGUACAGGAGAUCAUAAGAGCUGAAGGUUCUGGUCUUUCUGGCUCCAAUCAGAAUGAGGCCGCUGACAAUGGCCUGCAAUCUUCUUUCCGGGAUGAUGUUGAAUUUAGGAAGCUUGGCCUGCAAGUUGUUUCAGGUUUGAGUGGGGAGCUCACCAAUGUAAAGAAAGCUGCUGCAAUGGACUCAGACGUACUCAGUAAAGAAGUUGCGAAACUUGCUGGAGGAAUCACAAAAAUAGCAGAAGUUUUGAAGUUAAAUGAAGCAGUUGCACUGAAAGAGAGUAGCUGGAAAUUUUCAGAGUCCAUGAAUGGAUUCUUGAAGAAGGCUGAGGAAGACAUCAUGAAGCUUCAAGCACAAGAGAAAUAUGCCCUCUCUCUGGUGAAGGAGAUAACAGAAUAUUUUCAUGGGAAUUCAGCUAAGGAAGAAGCUCAUCCGUUUCGUAUUUUCACGGUGGUAAGGGAUUUCCUUUCUAUUCUUGAUCACGUAUGCAAGGAAGUUGGGAAAGUCAACGAGAGAACCAUAAUGGGUUCGGCUCGCCAGUUCCCAAUGGCUAUGAAUCAAAGUGUUCCUAUAGUUUUUCCGGGACUCAAUAGAAGGCAGUAUAAUGGUUCGUCUGAUGAUGAAAGGUCGUCUUCAUCAUAGUCUUGGGGUUCAUUUAGAGUUCGAUUCUUUUAGUGGUUUCCUGGUAGAUAAAGUUGGCCAAAGAAAUGAGCUUGCUGAAGUUCACAAGUCCAAAAUCCUUUCCUCUUUUGGAGCCUUUUUCUGUACUUUAAUAUAUAUUUAUACGCUUAAAAGAUUUUGUCCAUCCUGUGUAAUGUAUAGAGAGAGAAUUAUGCUAGAAGAUAAUAACUUAUUUUGCAAAAUAGUUGGAUUUUAUCGUGUAAAUUUGCUAGAAUUUAACUUAAAAGGCUGUUGGUAAGUAGCAGAUGUAAGAAAGUGAAGCCACUGUUUGUGCUUGUACUAUUUUUUCUGUACUUUCAAAGUUUCAAAGUUUUGUUA